GUAUUCUCCGGUUUUUAUUGACCGUACAGUAGCACAGUCUGGAACAGCGAAGUAUACAUUUUGCUAUUCUUCGUUUACAGGAAGAGACGACAGUGGCACUCAGGCAUUCGUUUAUUUGCUUUACAACACGAUGCGUCUGUUUUCUCGUUUCGUCUAGUAGUGCUAUAGCACUACACACCUUUGGAUUGACAUUGUAACGGUUCAAGUUCGGUUUGGACUGGAACAAUAGGAGAAUCCCGUUGGGUGUUCGCUGCCGUGCGGCGUUCGCGUGGCACUCAGGGAUUGCUCAGUGCAAAUAGUCCGUUUUAAUUUCAUUUCGUCAACAGAACAAGAUGAGUGUUCGUACAUCCUCUGAUUCGUCGACUAGUUUCGAUUGGGAGGAAUAUCUUUUGAAAACCAGUGGUCGCCCUGCGGAACAAAAGUGUUUCAAACAGUCUCCUGUUCCUCCAGUCAACUUAUUCGAGGUGAAUACACUACUCGAGGCGGAAGACCAGCGCAGUGCUGCGCUCGAUCUUCAGACAUCAAGUCCAUCUGCCUCUUCGGUCCCAUCAUUGAGUCUGGCUGGUCCAAAUCGGAGAGUCAGCCAAAUAUCCAACCCACCCGGAAAUGUUAGACGUUUUCGGGCCGCCGCGUUUACUUUGGCCCAAGUGGUUGAGGUAUGGGGCGCUCGUCUGCGGAUCCGCCUUGUGGGCACUGAUGAUCGGAACGACUGUUGGUUCCUGGUGGAUUCCGAUCAGAUACGACCCUACCCUUCUUUUGAGCCUCUACAACCUCCAUUCGGUUACAUGCACAACCACCUUCAUUGGAGUCGAACCGUGAAAUCCGCCACUGCAAAUGCCAAGUUUGCUGAUCCCUCUUGGUUUGUUAAGCCUCCACCUGAUCCCGCGGACAAUUAUUUCCAAGUUGGUGACAAACUUGAAGCAGUUGACCGCCGUAACACACAGCUCAUUUGCCCAGCAUCCGUCGGUGCAGUCAACGGGCAACACAUCUUGGUCAGUUUCGACGGUUGGUCCGGUGCGUUCGAUUACUGGACAAGAUUUGACAGUCGUGAGCUGUUUCCUGUUGGUUGGUGCAAGAAGGCGGACUACCCUCUCCAGCCUCCUGGGCCAAAUGCACUGCGCUCACCUGCUAGCCAUUCCACCCCCGGGCCCGGGAGUGGAAUACGCAAAUCAUCUCAUCAUCCCACUUUACUUUCACUGAAUGCACCUUCCUCCGGUGGAACUCCCUUGGUUCCAAUCACUAUUUCAGACAACCGUGCACGCAACCGCACCUUGUCACGAUCUAACCACAGGCGCUCCAAAUCGUAUACAACGAAACGAGCACGUUUACUUGCUCGUAAGUCUGCUUCUAUCCGAAAUGCCCACCGGACGAACCGGUUGACAUCUUCCUGGCAAAGCAACUCCCACAUGAAUGGUAGCGGGCCUCAUGACUUGAACGAAUCCACUGAUUCGUCUAACCGGUCGCUCUCCUUACCGCCAUUGAUUCAUCCUGUGUCGGACGAUCCACCCCUUAACAUCAGUGGUUCUUCCGCAGAUCACCCACCUGCUAUUGAGGCAGCCCUACCACUGCCGUGCGACGUACCCAGCGGGCAUCGUACCAGUGGCUCAUCUGACUGUGUUGUACGAUUGCAAGCUCGUUCGCCGCCUGAUCCUUCUGGCCACACACAGUACGCGAGACCUGAGCUCAAAUCAUGGCAGGUUGUGUCCUCCGUGGCUCCUUUGCACCUGAAGCCAAAGAAAACCAAAGCUUCCAAAAGACACCGCCAUUCAGUGGACGCCAACCCGGGUCUGCUGCGUAAAAAGUACAAACUAAUUAGCGAGACUCCAGAUAGGCUGGCUAUCGUAGCAACGAAGGACGACGAAGAUUCCGACCUAAUCUACCGGUCUAUCAACGGUGGAUAUCCUCGCGACUCCAAAGGGAUUAGAUGUGGAAGCACUGCAGAAUAUAAGUCUGAAGAAGUUGAAACCAAUCCCACGGAUCCGGCAGGUAUCACCUGUUCCUCAAAGCAUUCCUCCUCGCACCACUCGAAGUCGACCAAGUCCUCACACACUCCUCUUCAGCUGUACUGCGAUGAGUUUCACGCUGGUGGAACUACGACAAAUCUUUCGACCAAACCUAGUAAAUACACCACCGCUCACCCGGAUUCGGUUUCCCCCAUGGAUCCAACCGACGAUGAAUUGGUCGGUGGUGGCGGUACCACCAAAUUUGUCAAUGGCUCGAUGUUAAAUAAUUGCUGGUACCCACCAAACCAGGCAGAACAUAUUUCAGCCAAGGUUUUAGACAACUACUCCACUUCACAAGUCGCCGACGAAUAUUUGGAUGGUCAGAGUUUAGCGGCUCACGUGUCCUCGUCUACCGUUUCCCCCUCUUCUCUAGAUCUCGGGCCGGGUCCUCUUCCAAAUCCAUCCUACUGGACAAUUGAUGAAGUUUGUCACUAUCUUACUACUCGGGACUCCACUUUGUCUGAGGUGGCUCAAAAAUUCAAGCAUCACGAAAUCGAUGGGCAAGCUUUAUUACUAUUGAAUAUGGAAUCACUACGAAACUAUCUGCAAAUUAAGUUGGGUCCCGCUCUGAAAAUCGACCACCUUAUUACCCGCCUUAAACGUGGCCUACUGUAGUCACAACUCACCGACCGCGCUUGUCUCCACACGGAGUCUCGCAGUCCUAUUUUUUUACUCUCCCCAGAUGUCUCCCUUAUUUCUCUGUGUGUACGCUUAUCAACUUUAUUUUAUCAUAUCCCUCAGAAACCUGUCCCUAGUCCGAUUGUGUCGUUUUUCACCUCCCGAUAGAUCUCCGCACCCAUUUCCCUCUCCCUCCCUUCUGUACUGUCUUGGAAUUCGCCCUGUGCGCACAUUGUCUAUGUAUACCUCUAACCUUUGCGGUUUCUCGGCCACGUGCCCUCCAAAUCAGGGGCCACUCUUUUGGUCUUGGUGUUCUCGUGUGUAUUUUUUCACCUUCUACUAGUAUCCAUUUUGUGAGCUAAGAUGACUACACCAUCCUCUCUGAAGACCAUUGUUUGACAAACAUAAAUACUCAUCCCUUUUGUCAUUUUUUGUGCCCUAGCUUGUGUGUCUAUUCGAAUGCAGAGUGUCUGCAUAUGCCUAGACAAUGGUUUCGAUGCGAACGUUCCGUCUGUACCAUCGUAUUUGUCAAAGUGGACUUGUUUCCUCUUCCACUGACGAUUAUGUAUUGAUGUAUUACUAUUUUAUCUCUAUUUUGAACGCUUUGAAGAUAAAACUUUUUGGUCCUCAGUUUCUUCAACUCAUCUACAAAAUGCUUUACUUAAUGAAC